AUGCUGUCUACAACAGCCAUCACAGCCCAGCUUGAGGUAGCUCGGGCUAUCGGGCAAAGGGGCAAAUUUCGAGAGAAGCAGAGUGCCGAUGCAUCUGUCGAGUUAUCUGUUGUUCCAGACAAGCAGAAAGCCGAUGCACAUACCGAGUUAUCUGAGGUUCCAGACAAGCAGAGGGCCGAUAUACCUUUCGACCUAUCUUCAGUUCGAGGGAAGCAGAGUGCUGAUACAUCUGUCGACCUAUCUUCAGUUCGAGGGAAGCAGAGUGCUGAUACAUCUGUCGUCCUAUCUUCAGUUCGAGGGAAGCAGAGUGCUGAUACUUCUGUCGACAUAUCUUCAGUUCGAGGGAAGCAGAGUGCUGAUACAUCUGUCGACCUAUCUUCAGUUCGAGGGAAGCAGAGUGCUGAUACAUCUGUCGUCCUAUCUUCAGUUCGAGGGAAGCAGAGUCCUGAUACUUCUGUCGACAUAUCUUCAGUUCGAGGGAAGCAGAGUGCUGAUACAUCUGUCGACCUAUCUUCAGUUCGAGGGAAGCAGAGUGCUGAUACUUCUGUCGACCUAUCUUCAGUUCGAGGGAAGCAGAGUGCUGAUACAUCUGUCGACCUAUCUUCAGUUCGAGGGAAGCAGAGUGCUGAUACAUCUAUCGACCUAUCUUCAGUUCGAGGGAAGCAGAGUGCUGAUACAUCUGUCGACCUAUCUUCAGUUCGAGGGAAGCAGAUUCGAGGGAAGCAGAGUGCUAAUACAUCUGUCGACCUAUCUUCAGUUCGAGGGAAGCAGAGUGCUGAUACAUCUGUCGACCUAUCUUCAGUUCGAGGGAAGCAGAGUGCUGAUAUAUCUGUCGACCUAUCUUUUGUUCCAGGGAAGCAGAGUGCUGAUACAUCUGUCGACCUAUUUGCAGUUCGAGGAAAGCAGAGUGCUGAUACACCUGUCGACCUGUCUGCAGUUCGAGGGAAGCAUAUAGUAUGUGACACGGAACUGGGUAUCGCCACUGGGAGCCUACCAGACGCCAACAUCAACGCCACGUCAUCAGCACCAGGAACCACUCCCUCUGAUGUCAGAUAUGGAUCGACUGGUUGGUGCCCGGAUGCCGCUGACAGUGACCCGUGCAUCGAGUUUCGGUUCGACAGCCUCAAGGCCCUGAAGACCUUCACAUUCGGCCGUAAAGAUGGCGGAGAGUACAUGAAGACCUGGGACCUCCAGACACGCGGCCCGGGAGAAGAAGAAUUCGAGACCAGAUUCACCAACAUCAAAUCUCUGACAGACACAGCAUUCUACAAUGUGAUCAUCAAACCACCGAUAGUAGUACAGGCGUUCAGGAUCUGCCCCAAUCAGGUGGUCGGAAACGCCUGCUUCCGGUUCAACUUGAGAGGAUGCGCGGACAACAAUGAGCUGUGCCCCAAUGUCACGUGCCCAACAGGAGGCAAUUGUAUGGGCCCCAACUACUGCACGUGCCCUGAUGCACAGUAUGGGUCAGACUGCAGUUAUGAUGGAACCAGUGACGUUCGAACCUAUGUGAGCUUUGCUUCUUCGGAAAUUCUUGCCAACAAUACCGUGAUCUCUGCCCGUCUGCCCACACUUACCCUGUCCGGUGUAGAUGGCGUUAACGCUUCUGCGUCUAUUAUGGAGGGCUACCGUGCUAUGGCUGUCUACUUGAAAGGGGAAAAUGUCUCUGCCAGUCUUCCUGACCUAUCCUGUUUCGAUGAUCUGCAAGUGUGCACGUCCUUCACCUUGGCGAUGGUAGCAGCUGUACAGUUCGAGGAAUCCAGCUCCACGUUUUCCCUCCUGUCAUCGAUCAACCUGGCCAGACAACAGGGUGUUGCUGUGUCCGUGCGCGAAGGACAUCUGAACGCUCUCGUCCUCGCUGGGCAAUACAUGUGGAAUCUCACUAUAGAGAAUGUGCUGGGGGAUGUCUGCGUGAUGGAGAGGGAUCCCGGUCUGUGCAAGGCGCUGAAGCCCCGCUGGUACUACUCCCCUCGGUCACGGCAGUGUCUGCAGUUCAACUACGGGGGAUGUGGGGGAAACGGAAACAGGUUCGCCACUGAAGCUGAAUGCGAACAAGCCUGCAAGGAGACUAAAAAAUUCACUCUCAUCAGCGGACUGUGGUAUCGCUUUGUUCUGUCCUGGAACUCAAGAGGAGGUCUGGAGCUGUACGCCAAUGGUCGACGCAUUGGAAGAGUACCCAGUGCAGACGUCAUUGGCAACGUUGGCUCUGAUGUAGCAGCAGCUGCAACGUCUGAGUUGUAUAUUGGCUACACCAUCAGGGAUACUGUCUCCACGGAUCUCAAGUUUGAGAGUAUUGAGUUCUGGCCUCUGGCAUACAGUGAAGUUCUUGUUAUUGGAAAUUUCAACGGGAAGUGCGAUGUAUCUGACUGUGAUGGUAUGGGCAGCAUUGGUUGCUAUGACAACACCACAUGCAGUUGUCGUAAAGGUUUCCUUGGAAGACGUUGUGAUCAGACAGUGGACAGUGCUAACAUCAACAUCUUCACCUUCGACAGAAUCGAGUCCAGCACUCUGUACUCCUCACUCAGCGAGCUCUCUGUGUCGGGUACUGUCUCCGUCACCACUCAGAACAUGAGUCUGUCCAUUCUGGAACUGGCAGCUGGCGUAUCCUAUGUGACCUUGACCUCUGACACAGCCUGCCUUGGUGACCUUAGCUGUGAUGAUGGCUACACCUUCAGCGUUCAGGCGCAGCUGAUGUCUGGAUCCGCAACACUCUUCUCAGUAUCGUCAGCUGUAACUAAUUCCAGUUGUUCCCUCGCCUACGACGGCACGUCUCUGGUCGCCGUCACAGUCAUCGGCAACAAUGAGUACAGCUUGUCGUAUCCCUACACAGUCGUCAGUGACAGCUGGGUUAGCCUUGAAGUCAGCUUCUCAAAGGAGUUCGGCUUCAGUCUUGCCAUCGAUGAAGUCGUCAUGGCAUCUACCACCAUGUUCGUCGAGGUUUCCCAAACAUUUGAAACAUACAAUUUGACAGUGGGAUCUCGGACUGGAUCCUCGGUCCUUCUUCAAGUGACAAGUUUCAGCUAUGCAGCCUACUAUCGCUCACAGCUCCAGUUCUCUGGCAUCAGCAUUGCAAAUCCCUGUCCACCCAACUACUGCAGGAACGGCGGGGUCUGCACCGACGUGGCUAUGUGCGCUUGCACCGAUGGGUUUUUCGGAGCAGCUUGUGACCUUGAAAAGAAGGAUGACGUCAUUGUCCGAGACAUUACAGUAGCAACAAUAAUGAAAUCUGGACUAUCGGCGACGAUUGAAGGAAAGUAUAUCAUACAAAACGGCAAUGCCCUUGAACUUGACUCGACCUCUGAGAGGUCAUACGUUGAAGUGGACUUUCCCAGCAGCGCUUCCUGUCUGACGCGGCCCCAGCACUGCAGGAACGGCUACACCAUGUCCGUCAGCUUCUCCAUCACCAAGAUGUCGGCCAACAGCAUCGUUGUCCUCCUCUCCACCGGCGGCGAUGGUGGCGCCAGUGGCUUCUACCUUGCAUAUAACCUUCUCCUUAAACGAUACGAAAUCGUCAUGCAGACAUUCCGUCAGCGUUGGACUCUGAAGGUUCCCUAUGAGCUGUCGACUAAUAAGGAGUACAACAUCGGGUUCUCGUGGAGUUUCCAGGAACUUUCUCUGUUUGUGGAUGACGUCGUCAUCGGUAGUACCACAACGUUUGAAAAGUUGGACAGGGGGGUUGUUACCAUGGGUGCCGGCAACCUGCGAAUGGGGUCAUGCUACAGCGGUAUUGCGACGACGACGUACGUUCUGCGACUGUUCUCGUACAAGUCCUACUCAGUUUCCAGGAGCCUUCUUUCAACAUUCAAAAUUAUCACAAUUUUAGGAGCAGCUGAAGAUGAAACCAAGCCAUGUGACAGCGACCCAUGUGAGAAUGGCCAGUGUGAAAACAAGCCAGGAGACGCAUUUGAGUGCAAAUGUUACUAUGGUUACAGUGGUGACAAAUGCCAGACCAAGAUGGGCACGCUGAUCAGCCGCUUUACCUUUACAUCGCUGAAACGUAUCAAGGACUACUACUCAAUCCUGACCUCCGCCUUCCCGUUGAUUGGUCAUGGAAACAUCGAACUCGUCAAGGAGGGCAACAGAAAGUUUGUUAAGAUUGGGGGAAGUAGAAGCAGACUUGAGAUCACCUUCAGCCGAUAUCGAAGCAUCAAGUCGAUAUUUACAUCAGAAACUGUGUCCGCCUCAUCAGCAUUCUCUUUCAGCUUUGAGACGAAGCUUACAACAACCAGAGUUACCACGGCAACCCGAAUCAUCUUGUUUUCUGUUGGUUCGGUCACCAAUGGCGACCUGACCUCUCCCGGGAUGCUGGUGUAUUAUGAGAAUGGGAUGAUGACGUGUUACCUGAGUCUGAGACAGAAGAAAUAUAAGGUUCAGUUUGCAAUUACUUUGCAAGACCUUGCCAUACUGAGGACAGUCGACUUCUCAUUCAGUCUUGCCACAGGAUUUGUCAUCCGAACCAAAGAGGCAACAGCAUUAAAUUACACAGUUCUUGGCACGGCGACCACUUCAUCCAUCCAAUCACUCGAGGCGGUAGAGAUUGAGGAGGCCGUGAUUGGUUCCCGUGGCGACGUGGAUGCUGAGUAUGACCUAUACGUUGGCACCUGCAGUAUUGCCGAUGCCACCCCAAGCCAGAUUGACACUGAAGGCCUCACCCAGGAGCUGUGUUCCGAUGGAUUCUGCAAGAACGAUGGUGUCUGUGACGGCGUGGACCACUGCAUGUGUGACCCAACAAAGGACUUCACAGGACCAGACUGUUCUGUAGCAGGGAGCAGCCUCGUCCCCGAGACAAACACAUUCACCAAAAACAGCGAUGGCACUUUCUCCACCUCCAGUGGCAACAACUGCACCAUCCGCGGCAGUGUCAGCGUCACAACCACAAGCACCACCAUCACCGCCUCCAGUCAGGGCAGCUACAUCGAGGUGGACUCUAGCGCCAACACCUGCCUCAACAACCUCGCUUCUUGCACCGCCGGCCUCACCUACUGCAUCCAAAUGACCUUCACCUCCCUGGUGGAGGACUCCCACAUCUGUCUCAUGUCAACCGGAGGUGAAGCCAUGUAUGGCCUGUCCUUGACCUAUGACAAUCAUGACAAGCAGUUCAGCGCCAGCGUCCGUGUGCCUUUCAAGACCUGGGAGCUGGAGGCCGACUUUAAGGCGAAGCUGAAUGUUGAAUACAAUGUCUGUUUAUCCUGGAGUAUGUUCAGUGGAGUUUCUAUCGUUGUCAAUGACAACAAAGUCGGUGCCAGUAAUGUCUUUGAGACCUCCUUGACCGUUCUGCCAGGAGCGCUCAGUCAGAAAUUGAGAUUCGGCAGCUGCUACAGCGUGGUCCACACUGAAGAGUGGAGCUACUCCAUCACCAGCUACAACUACUACGCUGCCAGCAUACAGGCCCUUGCUGCUGUCAACAUCACUCAAGUUAUCAACAAAGAGCCAGAACCUGUGGUGGAGGAAGUCUGUGAUGUUGCUGUCUUCAGGACAAGCAUGACCUCCAUCGUCAAGGUCGGUGUCAGCCUCUUCAGCGUCGCAGCCAACGCAAGAACUACAGCGUGCAUGGAGUUCACCACGGCCAUCGCUACAGCGGAGAGCUCCAUCGCUGGAUGCUGGAACGAGAAGGAUGAGUCUGUGUCGUCCUCAUCCCUCCUCUCCUUCGUGAGGUACUCGCUGCGGCCCAAUAUCCUGGCCUUCAAAUCUCUGAAGACCCUCAUGUGCGAUGAUCUGACCGUUACCACGGAUGCUACUUGUGACUUCGCCACCAUCAGCACGGAGAUACAGGCGCUCUUCACCUCGACCUCCAGCAGCCAACUCACCACCAUGUCCUGCAGGUCUGUUACAAACACUUUCAUCCACAUCAAAGAGAAGCUGCAGACGUGUUCCACUGGAACGAGGGAGUUGAUGACAUCCCUGAUGCUGCAGAUGGGGGUGACAGUGAGCUCCGUCUGUGCAAAGGCAACAUGCAACAUUGAAUACUCCAGAUCGUGUGUCAGUGACGCCUCCGCAGUCAUCACCAACGUUGCAGCGGAGGGAUACACCCAAGCUGUCUGCAAGAAGCUGAAGCAGUCCCUGUCCUGCGUUACCAACCACACCAUCGACUGCAGAGGAGACACCUACGGCAAAAUCUCCUCCAGUGUGGAGGAAGUGCGUAAGGUUUACUACGAGAAGUGCUUUGGCAAGUCCCCCAAACCAUCUGCCCCUGAAGACUGUGAGAGCCUGGCGAUGGACGAGGUGGACACCCUGGUCAGCCUCCAGGCCUUCAUCGGCAGCAAGCUCCUCACACAGGAGGCACUCUGCAGGCAGGUCUUUCCCUUCAUGUUGAUUCUGUGA